CCCAUCUCUUACUCUCUCCACCGAUCUCUUCUCGUUCUUCAACCCUUCGUCUCCGCUCCGAUGAGGGAUUAGCGCCGGCGAUGGCGCCCACGGCGGCCGGUGAGAGGGAGGAGCUGGUGCGGCUCUGCAGCUCUAAGAACUGGUCCAAAGCCAUCCGCGUUCUGGACUCUCUCCUCGCUCGUUCCUCCUCCAUCCAAGACCUCUGCAAUCGGGCGUUUUGCUAUAGUCGUCUGGAACUACAUAAGCAUGUGAUUAAGGACUGUGAUAAGGCACUCCAGCUCGAUCCUGGUCGCAUUCAGGCUUACAUCCUUAAAGGUAAUGCCCUGUCAGCUUUGGGAAGGAAAGAGGAAGCUUUGCUUGUUUGGCAACAAGGAUAUGAAAAUGCAGUUCAACAAUCGGCAGACUUGAAGCAAUUACUUGAGCUGGAAGAGCUCUUGUCUAAUGCAAAGCAAAGUCAACCUGUUACUUGUGAAGAGCAGGUUGCAGAUUCCCCCAUUGCAGAUUCCUCUAUUGCAAAAGAAAAUCAAUCUGUUGUUUCUGAAGAACAUGUGAUAGAUUCCUCCGCUGCAGUUGAAUCAAGUCCUGGUUUAGGUUCUGAACAUAUUAUAGAUUCUUCCAAAGUAAACACCCAUGAGGAUUCAGAAAUUCUGAGGAAAUCAGAUGAUGACAUUGAAAUCAGCAGUGGUCCAAAUGAAAUAAUUCAAGUAGGCCCUAUUACAAUUCUUCCGAAGAUUCUUGCCUCUUCUAAAACAAAAUCCAAGUCAAUAAGCUUGGAUUUUCGGUUAUCAAGAGGGAUUGCUCAGGUCAAUGAAGGCAAGUAUGAUGCUGCUAUAUCGAUAUUCAAUCAGAUAUUGAGGGAGAAUCCUACAUCACCAGAGGCAUUAAUUGGAAGAGGAACAGCAUAUGCCUUCCAAAGGGAACUUGAGCUAGCUAUUGCUGACUUUACUAAGGCUAUAAAGUCGAAUCCAUCAGCUGGUGAAGCAUGGAAGCGGCGGGGCCAGGCUCGAGCUGCUUUGGGAGAAUCUGUGCAGGCUAUUGAAGACUUGACCAAAGCAUUGGAAUUUGAGCCAAAUUCAUCUGAUAUUUUACAUGAAAGAGGGAUUGUUUGUUUCAAGUUCAAGGAUUAUAAUUCUGCAGUUGAAGACCUUUCUAAAUGUGUUUUUCGUGAGAGGACUAACAAAUCUGCAUAUACUUACUUGGGUCUGGCUUUAUCAGCAAUUGGUGAUUAUAGUCAAGCUGAACAGGCACAUCUUAAGUCAAUAGAACUUGAUCAGAAUUUUCUCGACGGAUGGAUCCAUCUUACUCAGUUUUACCAAGAUUUGGCAAAUGUGGAGAAGGCUUUGGAGUGCCUUCAAAAAGUUUUACUUGUUGAUGCAAGGUUUGCCAAAGCAUAUCACCUGCGCGGACUGUUGUACCAUGGGAUGGGGCAACAUAGGAGUGCCAUAAAAGACCUAACUAUGGGAUUGAGUAUUGAAAGCUCUAAUCUUGAAUGCUUGUAUUUGCGUGCCUCAUGCUACCAUGCAAUUGGAGAAUAUGGGGAUGCGAUCAAAGACUAUGAUUCUGUUUUGAAUCUGGAACUUGAUUCAAUGGACAAAUUUGUGCUUCAGUGCUUGGCCUUCUAUCAGAAGGAAAUGGCUUUGUACACAGCUUCAAAGGUCAACAGUGAAUUUUGUUGGUUUGAUAUCGACCGUGAUGUUGAUCCCAUAUUUAAGGAAUAUUGGUGCAAAAGAUUGCACCCAAAGUAUGUUUGCGAGAGAGUGUUCAGGCAACCUCCAUUAAAGGAAUCCUUGAAAAAAGGUCGACUUAAGAAGCAAGAUCACGCUGUAACAAAGCAAAAGGCUAGUCUUCUACGAGCGGCAGAUUUAAUUGGACAGAAGAUCCAGUACAAUUGUCCAGGAUUUUUGCCAAACAAACGCCAGUAUCGGAUGGCAGGAUUAGCUGCAAUUGAAAUUGCUCAGAAGGUGGCAAAAACUUGGCGUUCUCUUCGAAAUAUGAAUAAAAAUGGCAAGAAAGGCUGGAGACGAGAAAGAAACAGUACACCAAGCCAGAACAGAGGUGGAUCUGGCUGUAGCACAAGCAGCCCAUCAGAGACUUCAACUUUAUAUGGAUUUAAUGAUGAAAGACCUCCUUCUGGUCGUUAUAUGUUUUGGCAUGACAUUUAUGCAAUAGCUGUUAAGUGGAGACAAAUUUCUGAACCAUGUGAUCCAGUGGUUUGGGUCAACAAACUAAGUGAAGAGUUUAAUUCGGGAUUUGGUUCUCACACACCAAUGCUUCUUGGUCAGGCAAAAGUGGUUCGCUAUUAUCCAAACUAUCAAAGAACGAUGGAUAUUGCCAAGUCAAUCAUGGCAGAGAACAAAAGUGUUUUUAAUUCGGAGGACAAAGUUAUUGAUCUCUCUGAAGAUGAGAAAUUACGGAAAAUAACGCAAGCAAGUUCAUGCUAUGAUCUUCACAGCAUCAUUGGUGAAAACUUCUGGGUGGCCACUACCUGUGAAAGUACAGCAUUUGAGGGGAAACAACUUGAAGGCACAAGAAUAACUGUUCAACAAAUGGACAAAAGGGGAUUUGACUUUGCAAUUAGAACACCUUGCACACCAUCUCGAUGGGAAGAGUUUGAUGCAGAAAUGGCAAUAGGUUGGGAGACUCUAUGCAAUUUUCACUGUGGUGAAGCUUUCGGCUCAAAUGAUAUGGAUAUGCUUGAAAAUACGAAAGAUGCAAUACUGAGAAUGUCAUAUUACUGGUACAAUUUCAUGCCCCUAUCAAGAGGCACUGCUGUCGUCGGCUAUACAGUUCUACUCGGAUUAUUUCUUGCAGCAAACAUGGAAGUCACAACAAAUAUACCAGAUAGUGUUCAGGUUGAUUGGGAAGCCAUUUUGUCAUUCACUCCUGAUGCUUUCAUGAAUUCUAUCAAGCCCUGGCUCUAUCCUUCUCUGAGAUUUACCACUGCAUGGAAAGAUUACCCAGAUGUAACUGUGACUUUAAGCACAACAGGAACAAUCGUUGCCGCAUUAAGCUCUUAUGAUUCUUAAGUUUUGUGAUCUUUUUUUGUAAUGAGUUGUCAUAGUUAUUUCCAGGGUUUGUAUGUUUUUACACCCAACAUGUUUACAGAAAAUAAUAACAGCUUGCUUCCUGUCUCUAGUAAGGUUAGAGAUUCUUUGUCAAUUAUAGAAAUAAUCAAUUGUGUUGUUGCUCUUCUUUCUUUGCAGUGCAUAUGUAUAUGUUUUACAUGA